AUGAAACAACAACCUCUGGCCAUCACCCGACCCAGAACAGAGGCCGAGGUCUCCGCAGCUCUGAGUUUCAAGCUCUCAAAGUUCCUGCAGCAGCACCAACUCCUCACGCCCAAUGACUGGCGUCCGACUGUAGGCAUCGCAGACUGGGCCCUCGGCGGAGGAUACGGCUAUGCAAGCGCAAUCCUUGGCGCACGUGUCGCUCUGAGGGGCGAUGGCAAUGGCAACUUUGGCAUCGUCGAGAUCCAAAUCAAGCUUUAUCCCCAGACCGGCUUCCUGGCCGGAUUCCUCGGAUUCCCCGCCGUAGAGGCCGGUGACGUGCUGACCAACCAUCCGCCUCCAGGAGCAGCUUGCGCAACAGUCAUCCACACCGCUCAUGGACGAGCCCUCGACAAGAAACUGGGGCCACGUUACCCGCUGCGCACGAGGGACCGCAUCGCGGCGAUCUCAGCAGGCAUAGUCGACGCCACAGCGCAGGCAGCUGAGUACGAGGAGUACAAAAACUGGGCGGCCACAUACGGCGAGGGGACGGUGGCUAGGCUGAAGGAGGAGGUCAAGAAAAAGCUUGAUCCCGCAAACGUCUUCAAGAACGGCCACCCGCAACUGGGCCUGCUAUAA